GCCAACCUUUUCACUCGUGAAUAUUGCAUGUGACUCUCUCUCUUUCGAUAAUGCUUCUCCUCACAUCACAGCCACAAGAGACCUUCCAGUUACUUUAAAUCCUAGCUAAGCUCUGUCCCUCUUUUUCACUCGCAUUGCUGGUCUACAUAUACUAAUCAACAAGCUCUAUCGCACAGUCUGUUAUCCUCACUAAACGUACGUACCCCAUGAAGAUGCAGAAGCAACAAGCUUUCACCUUCCUUCUCCUUACAGUAUCUCUCACAUUUCCCUCUCUGAUCCACAGUUUGGGGGCUAAAUGUGCAACCAACGCUCCAAGUGUCCAACAGACUCAAGUGGGGAAUGGUAAUCCUCCAAGAUUUAUGGUUGAAGUGCAAAACAACUGCCCUAUGUGCCCAGUUAUCAACAUCCACUUGAAAUGUGGAAGCUUUCCUCAAGCUCUCGUCAACCCUAGGUUGCUCAAAGUGGUAGCCCCAGAUGACUGUGUCGUUAAUGGAGGCUUGCCACUCUCACCCCUACAAAGAUUUUCCUUCAAUUACUCCCAUCAGAAGUAUCUCAUGCACCCAUCUUCUUGGUCCUUCCAGUGCGAGUAAACACAUCUACGUGCCUACCAUGUAUCCUCCUUAGCCUCUAAUGCACUAGCUAGUGGACCGUGUAUUUCAAUAAUUUAACCUAUGUUCUUCCCUUUGCAUUUUCAUUUUGUAUUCUCUUCUUAGCACUGUCUCUCCUUCUUGUAUCAAAUCUCUAAUCUGCAGAUAAUGCUUUCGUAUUAUGAGUCA